AACAAGAAGAAGUUCAUCACACACACGCGUGUUUUCAGUCAGUAAGCGGAGAGAUAUGGCGGGUCUGGAGCUGCUGUCGGAUCAGGGUUACCGACUUGACGGACGGAAAGCGACCGAGCUGCGGAAGGUGCAGGCCCGCAUGAGUGUGUUCGCGCAGGCCGACGGGUCUGCUUAUCUGGAGCAGGGCAACACUAAAGCUCUGGCCGUGGUGUAUGGGCCACAUGAGAUUCGAGGCUCUCGCAGUAAAUCCUUGCAUGAUCGCGCCAUCAUCAACUGUCAGUACAGCAUGGCCACGUUCAGCACGGCGGAGAGGAAGAGACGUCCACACGGAGACCGGAAGUCCAGCGAGAUGAGCCUCCACCUCAAACAGACCUUUGAGGCUGCGGUGCUCACUGAGCUCUACCCACGCUCACAGAUCGACAUCUACGUCAAGAUCCUGCAGGCGGACGGUGGAAACUACAGCGCGUGUGUCAAUGCCGCUACAUUGGCUCUAGUGGACGCUGGGAUCCCCAUGCGCGAUUAUGUGUGUGCGUGCAGCGCUGGGUUUGUGGAGGACACCCCGCUGGCAGAUCUGUGUCAUGCAGAGGAGAGCGGUGGAGGAACAGCGCUGGCUCUGGCUUUGCUGCCUCGUAGUGGAAAUAUUGCCCUGUUGCAAAUGGACGCCCGGCUCCAUCAGGACCACCUGGACACACUGAUGGAGGCAGCCAUGACGGCGUGCAAAGAGUUCAGUAAAGUUCUAGACAGUGUCGUACGGCAGCAUCUAGAGGAGGUUUCAGAUCUGACCAGAGAUUGAGAUGGAAAUUUAAUGGACAUCUAUGGAGUCAGAUUAGUGUCAAAAAUAAUACAUUUACAAAAUAUAAUUUGCUUAAAUAUGAUUCAGAAAUACACAAAUCCAAUUCAUUUGGUGAAAAUAUUUCUGAUAUUUACUGGUGAAUUCAUGAACUGUGUGUUGUGUUUAUGAAUAGUGUUUUGAUUUUAUGAAUUGGAUUAUGUAAAUGUGAAUUGUAAAUUAAUUAUUUUUGAGACUGAUCUGACUCCAUAGGAAAUGCUCUUAUUCAUUUAUUAUUCAUUUAAUCUCUGAAGCAUGCGCUUGGACUGAAAAAAAAAAAACAGAUUUGAUCGACAUGUAUGGAGUUAGAUCAGUCUCAGAAAUAACACAUUUACAAAAUAUAAUUCGCAAGUUUAAAUAUAAUUAAAAAAUACACAAAUCCAGUUCAUUUGGCGAAAAUAUUUAUGAUUUUUACUUGUGAAUCUAUAAACUGUGUGUUGUAUUUAUGAAUUGUGUUUUGAAUUUACGAACUUAAUUUUAUAAAUGUGAAUUGCGCUAUGCAUGUAUGAAUAUCAUUUCAUAAAUGUAUUAUUUUUGAGACUGAUCUGACUCCAUAGGAAAUGCUUUAGUCAUUUAUUCUUCAUUUUAGUGUCUGAAGCAUGCGCUUGGACUGAAAAACACACAGAAUUGAUCGACACAGAAAAAAAUAAGUUUAUAUAUCAGCUUAUCCAGAAGAAAUGCCACCUAAAAAGCGCUGAACACAUUUUGUUAUAAUAAUGUCCUCUGUUGUGAGAGAGUUGUAAUAAAACAAUGCUAUGUUUUUAACAAAUGAA